GUUUCAUAAAUUUCAAGUCUUUAUUUCAUGUAUUUCACUUAAUGUUUUGCACGAAUUAAAAUUGAACUCACGCACUCUUGAAGCUUUAUAAAAUUAAUACAAUUUUUUGCUUAUAGGUAUAACUUUAAUUGCCUCUUUGGUUGGGCAAUAGGCGAGGAUGACAAAAAUUCAUCACGACAUGUGAUUCAAAUUGAUCAAGGUGGCCUGACAUUACCAACUCCAGAAUAUUACAACAACAAAACAGACAUUCAUCGAAAAGUUUUAAAAGGAUAUAUUGAAUAUAUGACCAAAGUUUGUAUUUUGUUGGGUGCCAAUGAAAAUGAUGCAAAAAUACAAAUGGAAAAUAUUAUUGCUUUUGAAAUGGAAUUGGCAAAAAUUUCUACACCAUUUGAAGAUCGUCGUAAUGAAGAAGCCAUGUAUCAUUCUAUGAAACUAUGGGAGUUAGAAAAAUUAGCACCGUUCUUAAAUUGGACUGAGCAUUUCGAUGACGCUAUGAAACUUAUUAAUGGGCAUAUUACACAAAAUGAGGUGGUUGUUGUAUACGCAUCAGAUUUUUUGAAAAAUUUGUCAAAAAUAAUUAAUAAUAUGCAAAAUACUAACGAAGGCAAAAUGUAAGUAAAAAACUUGAUACUGAUAUCGCAUGUAAUACCUAUAACAAAAAUCUAUUACAAAGACCUUAAAAAUUGAUGUCUCUUGAAUUGUAAAAGAA